GCUAAACAUGUUUUCAUCCUAAUAAAUUAUGUUGUUUAGUUCCUGUGAAUUUUUUUUUGCAUAAAAUAGCGGAUAAGUGCUUAAACGAGACGUGUACGUAAUCUUAUUUUAUUCAAUUGCUUUUACAUAGUGGUGCACCCGUAGUCGUGGAAGGAACGUUAACUAUCUUGAAAGUAAACGUCACCUCCGCUACGAAAGCUACAACCUGGAAGUGACUAUAUUACGAGCUGUUUUGUGUUUUCAAAACAUGUUUAGCUACGAACGUGUCUCAGUAAAGCGAUUUCAUGAGGUUUCGCUGCAGAUAUGCCACGCUACUGCGCCGUGAAAGCUUGCAGAAACCGCGGUGGAAGUGCAUCCAGACAGGACAACAAGAGAAUUAGCUUCUACCCGUUUCCCUUGCAAGACAAGCCCAGGCUUCAGAAAUGGGUGAACAACAUGAAGAGAGAGCAGUGGACCCCGAGUCGACAUCAGUGCCUGUGCAGUGAGCACUUCACCGAGGACUGCUUCGAUAUUCGAUGGGGCAUCCGCUACCUGAAGAACACAGCCAUCCCAACCAUUUUUCCUUCCAACGAGGCUGAUGCUGAGAAAAAUGUGACCACCAUUAAAAGGAGUCCCAAGGCCAAACCCAGGACCUUAGACAUUGACAUUGAGCCCACAGAAUUUGACUGUCCUCUCAGUAAGAGGCCACUCAUUUUGAGCAGAUCUUGCAAAACGGACCAGUCAAGUACAACAAACAACAUUGUUGCCGAACACACAGGGAUGAUAUUUGAAGUGCCUCUGGCAUCAGAUACUGGCAACGACUGUCACACAAACCUGUCUGAGAUAGAGACUGCUGCUUGUGAGGUACGAGAUGACAGUGAAACGCCAACAUCAUCCUGCAUUGCACUGUCCCCAUGCAACGAGCCCCACUCUGAAAAGUCUGCUGACUCUACUGUGACGGUGUUGUGCUGUGAAUCGCUGGGCCCUUUCUCAGAUGGAGAGGCAAACGUGGAUGCAGCUGCCCUCCAAGCAUCACUGGGCCAGGCUUGUAGCUUAGUUCCUGUGGAAAUGGUUAAGGACGAACCCACACGCUGCUUUCUGGAGGAGAGGGGACCCAGUGAGGGAGAGCACAUUUCUGUUUACGAGCACUCGUAUUGCAGACCCGACACGGACAGGGAUCAGCUUUGGAGCAAGAUCUUGAGUUUGCAUGCAAAGGUGUUGGAACUGGACCGCAGGGAGGAGAGCACUGUGGCUAAAAUCCGUGCUCUUGAGACUGAGAUAGCCCUCCUGAAGAGGGAUGGGGCAGUUUUUAAAGAGAAGCAAAAAGUUUUAGAGGAUUAUAUAGCAUCCAUGUUGCUCUGAUUUUGGACCAAUAUUUUGGAUGUGUAUGUAUUUAAAUUGUUACUAUUGAGUCUCUUUUGCAGACAUGUUGCACAUGCUCCAAUAGAUGCCAUACAUAAAACACAGAAAUAUUAAUUGUGCCUGAUUUUACACAACUGGACUGGAAUUAUUUCCAUUUAACAACAGUGAAUCUCAUUAUCUUCUUAAAUCCACAUGGUGGCACUGUAGGACUGUUUUUAUUGGCAGUGUUUCAAAUCUUCACUGUAACACUGGUUUUCAGUGGCUCGUUGCUAUGCAUUACUGUUACAUCAGCCUGUUGUAUUUUAUCGUCUGGCUGUUGCCUUUGUUACUCAGUCAACUAUAUAAUUUCAAGGUGUUACUUGAUGUUUCAUUGGUGUCACUGUUCAUGGCUUCAUUCAUUUGGUCAUUCUUUUUUUCUGCCUUUGAGGUACUUUUAUGAUUCUAAAUGAUUUGCAAUGGUUCAGAAAAGCAACAGGGGACUUUGACGUGACAGGGGUUGCACGAACACAUGGUGCUUGUCCUUUGGGCUGUGCAUUUUCUUUUCAGUUGCAUGACAUGCCUUCAUACCACCCUGCUGCUAAAGCAUUGUAUGUGUAUUUAAUUAAGUCUUAAUGGUGACUUUUUAAGGACCAGCAUGAGUCAUGUCUUUUUCCUACCUUGAAACAGAACUGUUAAACCUAUUGACUCUUUGACAUUGGUGUUUAUUUGACUGGAGCUGCUAUUGCUUGCUUUGUUAAAACACAUCAAGUUAGUUCUUUUACCCAUGUUCAAACAACACCAUUCACACACUUGCUCCAACUUUAGAGUCCUGGAAUCACUAACAACCAUGUUCAAAUAGGGAGAGACUUGUUUUGUUUUAUUUCAGUGCUGUGCUGGAGUACCAGUACCACCCUGCCAUUCUGUGCAAUCUUCUGCAAGUCCAAAAUAUUCAGCUUUACAGGAAAAAGAGUUGGAUUUACUUUGAAGUAGAAUAAAGUGUAUUUUAAAUGUGUUUCUCAAAGCA